CAAAAAAAAAAGAAUGUUAUAGAAAAUAGGCGAAGUUUGGAAACUUUGAAAAAGGUACAGGUAAUUAAAAGACAUGGAGACAAAUGAUCUCACAACUAACAAGAUAUAUUGAAUCUAUUACUUUACCUUAUACCAGCUACAAACACACACUAAAAGUGUUGACUAUUUGGAACUUGAAACGAGGGUUGGUCACAGCACAUACUUUGGCUGCGAUAACGUAGCUUUCUGACGACGAGAGAUUUGUUUAUGGCAGAGGAGGCCGGAUAUUACAGUAAUACAGUACUAUACAGACUUAUAUAUACAGAUACAAGAAAAUGACUGAUUUUCAACUUUAAAAAGUAAGAAUGGACAAACAGCACAAAGAAAUUCUGCGUACAAAACGAGCUGACCUGGUGGAUGACAUCAAUAUAGAUGAUGGACUUAUCACACAGCUUCUGUCACGGAAAAUAAUCUCAAAACGUGUCGGCAACACAAUACAGGCCUGUUCAACUCCAGAAGCAAGGACUGAAAAACUGUUGGACGUCUUAAAUGGACCAAACGCAUUUCAGGGCUUGUGUGAUGCUCUUACCGCUACAGAACAGAAUUACAUUGUUGACUUAUACUUAAAAUCGGAUCAAGAUGAAAAGAAGGAAGAAAAAUCUCAACCGUCCGAGGCAAAAUGUGUACAAGAAACCGAAACAAAAGCUCAGAAAUCACAAAAUGUUACAGAAAACAGUCAGUCACAAGGGAUCAUCAAAAUGUCAGAGAAUCAGCCCAGAGGACUAGAACAUGCUGGUCCCUCUGGGGUUUCUGUUCUAGCUCCAAGCAGGUCACAGUUUCAAUAUGCAGCCAUCAUGCAGGAACAGGGAGCUGACCGAUUUAUUCUACCAAAAUCCUACAUGGAAAAACAAGAUCCAUACUGUUAUGGCGCGGAGUCAGAAAAUCGACUUUUGAAGGACCCUAAUUGUUCCGGGUACAGUCCACAUGGCAAACAAUGGAAUACCCAGUAUCCCUACAUGAUGCACACCAAGAAAGGGACCGAGAAACCUGAUUAUAUAGACAGAGAACAUGAGGAAUAUAACCGAAUCAGGUCGAAACAUUAUAUAACAAAGGACUCGAUUUAUACCCUUCCCAACAUGACUCCAAGGGAAGUGUAUGUAGCUCACCAGGAGGCAGAGUAUGUUGGACAGAGACCAUCCCCACACGAGGAAUACAUCCGACUACGGCAGGGUGAGAGGGAAAUGUUGCCACGGAAUGAUAGCCUAGAUGGUAUGAUCAAGCGACCAUUCAUGCCAAGUCAGGACUCCCAUGAUCACCCAGGUGUCAAACGACUAAGGACAGAAGAGACUGUGAUUUUACCUUCGCGGGAUGGAUCCGGUGGCUCCAUCUGUGUCAGGGAUCCGUCAUACGAUUCACAUGGACUUUACAAACCAUUACCUGAAAUCUUCCUGGUGGACCCCUGCAGCCAGAGGAAUAGCCGUGUCCCUCCUAUCCAGCCGAUCGGCGAGUUUGAUGACCCAGAUAUUGACCUCACUGAUGGACCAGUCUCUGUUAAAGUUGCACUUUGUCAGCGACAGUUUUAUCUGAGUCACUUCAAAAAAUCCUAUGCCAUGCGAAGAAUUCCACGGGGUCAGGCUCUGAUCAUCAAUGUGAACGAGGUGGAGGGGAAACUACCACGACGAGGAACAAACAUUGACAGAGACAACCUUCACAACCUGCUCACCCAACUCCACUUUAACGUGACAGUAUACAACGACAGCGACAAACUCACUGCAGAUGACAUCGGUAAGAAGCUGCAGCACUUUGUUUCACUAGAGGAUCAUGUCCAGGCCGAUUGUUGUGUGGUCUGCCUCCUCAGCCACGGAGAGGAAGGUUACCUGUUCGGUACUGACGGGGCAAAGCUAGAGCUGGACAAGAUAUUCUCCCUGUUUGACAACAACAGCUGUACAAGUCUGAUUGGCAAACCGAAAAUUUUCUUUAUCCAGGCAUGUAGAGGAGGUGCGUUGGAUGAAGGUGUAGCUUGGAAACAGGCUGAUGAGAUCGACGGUUCCCAUCCAAGCAUGCGACAACUUCCAACAAUGUCAGACAUGCUGAUCUGUUAUCCAACACAAUCAGGAUAUUAUGCAUGGAGGAACCGUGAACGCGGGAGCUGGUAUAUUGAGGCCCUUGUUCAAGUCAUAAUGAAAUAUGCCAAAAAUGAGGAUAUGUGUACUAUGCUGAACAGGGUCAAUCAAUUGGUUUCCAGAAAGAUUUCACGCUGUCCUCAAAUCGAAAUGGAUCAAAUGUCACAGAUGUCCGAAUAUAAAAGUUCCCUGCGGAAACCACACCUCUUCUUCUUUCCUGGGAUCGGAUCAGUGUGACCUUUGACCCAUGAUCAAGAAAUCACAGAAAUGUUCUUCCAAUCAGUUUGAAAUUUGAUCAUAAGUUUGAGAGUAAAAUGUUUUAAAAUAUUAUUUUAUCUUAAUGAUUUUAAAGUAUAGUCCCAUUUGUCAAAAACCUGGAGCAUUUGAAUCUGUUAUUGUUUCAGUAUCAGAAACGUGGUUCUAGUAGGACCAUUUAGCAUCAUUGAUAACUUCUCUACAGAUCAAAAGAUGAAAGAGAAAUCCUAAUGAAAUAAGUUGUGAUAAUGCUCUAUAUAUUGAACUUUCCUGUGUUUUGGAGCUGUAACCAUACAGAAUUUAAUUGCUCUGUAAAUGAAUGCUUGCAGUUUCGCUUUAUUUCUACACCUAUGUUGAAUUGUCACAACCUGGUGGUAAAGAAACUAUGGAGGCAAUUAUGUUUAUGGUCUAAAUUUUGAGUUUUAUUAUAAGGAUAAUGGUGGGUUUUUUUCUUUAUAUAUAUAGUUUCGGAGUGAGAAUUUAAAUUUCACACGCUUUUGCUUAUUAUUUUUGCCUUUUUUCUGACAAAUGUUUUUAUAUUUAUAAGAGCUUUCGCUUUCACACAUAAUUAUCUUAGUUUAUAAGGAAAGUGUAAUAUGCUGAAUUUGCUGCCUCGUCAUUGUUAGGCCUGUAGUUGUUAAUUCUGACUUUAGAAUUAAAUAUCACUGGUGUGAAAAACAGGUCUGGAUACAGAUUGUUUGAUGAGAAGGUGUUAGUUUGGCAGUCUUAUGUUGGAUAGGAUUUAUAUACAUAGGAUCUUAAAUCAAUUUCCAUUUUGUAUUAUAUUUAUGAAAUUAGU